AUGUCGAUAUACACAGUCAACUCUGCAAAAAGCAGAACUUUAGGAUACAACGAUUCGCCGUUGCUCGGCCGACAGAAUCAUGCCAUUAGCACAAGUAAGAUUAACCUAAAUGACCCCGAUAACAUUGAACUUGAGCCGUUCAAGCUGGUAUCCUUGUCGCCUCGUUCGCAACAAGCCCGUGAUAUUGUGCAAGAUGGAACCGUGAGGGACUUAAAAGAUUUUCUAUCGGACAACAGCAAUGUAAAAUCGCUCAACAACUUAGACGAAGAAGGAGUAUCUUUGCUUCACUUGUCGGUCCGACUGAAUCGAGUCGAGGUCACGCGAACGUUGAUCGAUUACGGCGCAAAUGUGAACAUACGUUUGGGAAAUGGAACGACUCCAUUGCACGUCGCAGCCAGGUAAGCAUCGUAUUUCACCUGUAUCUUAAAGCUGAGAACAAGUUGGAACUUUUUGUUGUUCUAAAUUCCUACUCGUCAUAAAUCAAAACUUCGUCACACAACAGGAAACUAUGAAUAUAACUACGGAUAGUCAAUACAAAUAUUCUAGUGACUUUUGUUAACAUGGUACACGGAGACUAAAUAUUUUAGACGACACAAGUCACAAUUAAGAUGCGACGUCCAAUAGGAUAAGCAGUUAGAGUAUAUAAUUAAGUGACAGAAAAUUUAAGACAUCGCUGAAAACUAAUAUUUUAAUCGAGGAAAUCAUAGGCAUGACGUAAUAUUUGAAUAAAAUUAGGUCGGCGUAUUCUGAAUACUACCGUAUAACGGCGAUCCUUUAUUAUAUCUUUGCUAGCAAUAAGUGUGAAUUUUCCAAACUAUAUCAUAACACUGAAUUUUUUCUAGAACAAGUCUGAUUAUGUAGUAUUCUACUUAAAUUUAUUUUUUAAAUUGUAAUCAAUUACUGAACGAAUAGAAAUUAAAUCACAAUUUUAGUUUGAUGAUGGCCAAAAAUGAAGACACAAAACUGUUAAGUAAAUUGAAUGGGCUGGUUAGCGCUAGUUUCAGGUCCCAUUUAAUAGUAACAUAAAGUUAACCCAUCAAUAGUGUGUAAAGUUUCAUCUCAAGAAAAUCGAUCAAAAUGAAUUGAUUCAUGCUGAGUAAAAUCAAUUAAGAACUCAGUACUAGGAAAAUUGCGUUCCUGUUACCAUAACAGGACAGGAGCCAAAUAUGAACUCAUAGGGCUCAUGGAUGAGGAACAAUUGCCACGACGGCCAAAAGCCAGGGAGCACGUCGCUUUAAAUUGUCACACACGUCCCGAACUCGCCUAGUUUGCCGAAAGCAUGCAAAUUCUUCUGGAAUUGAAACCUAAAGGAACGUAUCUUUAAUCAGAAAUACUGAGAACAAAAUCGUCGUCGUGUGUGUUCACGCCUCCCGUACAGUGUUUCAUUAGGAUAUCGUGUUCGUGCAGUGACGCAUAAUAGAAAUUAUUAUUUGUUUAUUCCGGCUUGCAGAAUCGUUGUUUUUCUAAUUGAUCGUCACCAUAUAACGUUCUUUGUACAUAUUGGACGAGAGCUCAGGGGGACUUUUCGGAGUCGUUCCUUUGUGUUCACGAUGAAAUUGAAGCAACGGGGAAAUACAGUCAACUCGCGUCACCUGCUGCGGAUAUACUCGGGACGCCAGCUAAUGUCCUUACAAGUACUUUCGAACAAUGCGCAGCAGAAAGAUCGCCAAGCAAUAAGCCCAGUAUAGCAUGACCACAAAAAAGAUGCAAUAUUUUGUAUAUAUAUUUUGUAUUUGAGUGUAAACGUUGAGAGACACGGCCAGAGUCCGUCAUAAGGAAAGAACUAUAAAAUUGCGAUCUCGGGACCAAAAAAGUGUCCGCUAGUUCCGCCAUAGCAAGGGUCUCCCCAAAACGGGAGAAUGUUUCAGUCAAACGUCUGUAAGUUUUGCUGUGGAUUUAGCUGUCCAAUCGGCUCAACGAGUUGAUCGAUCGACUGUAUAGUGGAUUUGUGACUACCCCUAGGAUAGCACGAACAGUAGAGCGCUAUACCAAGAUAUGUGCCUUUUGUUUCUGAAGGGAUAGCAGCUGCGGAUUUGAUGUAGAACGCUAUGCCCACAUUCCUCACAGGAGGAAGGUAACCUGGCCGAGUGCUUCCACCACAUCCACCAAAUUGAGACCCAGUUCACAGGCUAUACCGUUCAGUGAAACGUUAACCCUGGCGCGGCAUGUAUUCAAAGACGCUGACAAGGCCUACCAGGCCUGUGCUUCGCUUCCUUAACAUUUCUGUUAAUCGUUGUGCCAUAAUAUAGGUUCAAUUGUGCUGUUGUUGCCGAAAUUCUUGUCCACUCUGGCGCCAGUCCAUCUCUUGUUGACGGAAAUGGUAACAAUGCCUUACACCAGGCUGCACGAAGGAGCAGCAAAAGUGUCAUGGAGAUUCUAUUACGUGAUUCAGAUAUUGACAUUGAUGCCAAGACUCAAGUUGGAAUGACCCCUCUACACCUCGUGUGCAUGAAUGGGGAUCUGGAAAUGUGUCGUCUGUUGUUGCGCCAUGGAGCAGAGAUUACAUCGAAAACAGCAGAUUGUAGCACUCCGUUACACAUUGCUAUUUUCAACAACUGCAACACAGAAGUGGCAGAACUGCUUAUUAAAGAAGGUACGCUGUAGUCUAAUGAAUUAAGAAAUCAUUCGACUUGCGACAAUCUGAGCUAGCGGUAAUGAAAGGAACGAUUUAGCCCUCAUGUCUUCACUACAGAAUUUUAUCCAUGAUUCCAAAUAGCUUCCCUCUCCGAUAGGCUACCUUGAAUUACCAUUAUGUUAGAGUUAUGUUAAAAUGGGAAAAUAGAUCGAAACGGUAAAAAGAAAAUAAUAAUAAACAACCACAACACAAGGAUAAUAUUUAGCACUGCCUUUGAGUGAAGGAUUGCCGCGGAAACCGACAGUUGUUCUUGAACUUCGCGCCAGACCAACCGUUUCUUCCCACGUAAUCUCUCAGGCCUGGAGAGGUUUACUAAUUUGUUUUUUUCUACAAAUUAUGCAAAAAAAUUAGUCCGAGCAUUUUGUUUUACCUUAAUUGUAAAUAAACACCACCACCUCACCUCAGCUACGUCAAAUCGUCUCGCUACAACUCCAAACACAAAACUCUGCCAGGUUUUACAUGCAAUCAUUAAUAAAUCCCUCUACGCAUACGAUAUCUUCAUGCCGCCCCUUGUCUUUUAAUAACGUGUCAAAAAAAUUAUCUUCUUCCUGCCUCUGUUCUCUGUCCCAAAUUGAGGCUGCCGUAGAGCAAACCUUGGUCCAGUCUCCCCCAUGUGUCUUACGCAAUGUCCUGGAAAUUUGGGUCGGCAUUGUCUGAUCUUUUCAGACACACUUGGUAGGCCACCACAAAGCUUCAGUAACCUCUCAGCUGUAACGAGGUCUUACAGCUGCUUACAGGAUUGGUUCAAAGAAUGAGCAAAGUUUGCAGUGUAACCUAUGCGGAAACAAGCUGCGACUUAUGGGGUGGAGUGUAAUUAAAGGUUUUAUAGAGGUGCGAGGAUAUUGGAGGAAAGAGUUCGCCGUUGUUAUGUGUUGGGGCCACGACACACUGAGAGCAACGCAGACGGUCUAAGACAAUUGUGGACUCCAACUUUCUGACCCAUAUAAUUCCAGCAUUUAAGUCCUUCUCUUUGCCUUCCACGUCUUAAUCCAGAAACACGGAAACAUUCUAGGACUUAGCUAAUAUUUCGUUGCCUUUUUACCAGCCACGGCAAAACUUAUGAACGUAAGGCAAUAUGUCAACGAAACUGAUAUGGACCAGGACCGCGCCUUGCACUUAGCCGUGGAGACUGGGAACGUGAGGGCAGUUGAGCUGUGCCUUAAACAUGGUGCUCAGAUUAACGCGCAGAGAUCAACUCUGAUGACACCGCUUCACAUGGCAGCCAUGAAGGGUGAUUUGGAAACAGUUGAAAUACUUUGCAAAAUGGGAGCUGAUUUGCACCUUAAAGAUAACGAAAAGCAGACGCCAUUACACAGGUAUGCUUGGUAUCAUGAAACUGGUAGGAUCCUAAUAGAUAGUGUAGGCACCACGGCGGAACUGUAAAAAAUGUCCCAGGUGGAAAUAAUUAACAAUUAAUGAAUGAGGGUGAGUAACUUAUGAAGAAUUAUGGAGAUCGAGGAGGGUGUUAUCCGAUAGCACCCUCCGAGAUGUUUUUAGCUACUAGGGGCCUUAAGAUCCAACGUUUAAUAACCAAAACAAAAAUUUUGCACGUGCAUCAUGCUUUUUUGUACGUUUCUUUGCCGUCACUGCACGACUACGGCGUGAAAAUGCCUAAUUUCACGCUUUACAGAGGAAGUACACAAGCGACGACGAAAUUUCCUCUCUAUUUCUGAACUUGAAUAUGGUUCUUAAGAAUUCAAUUUUAGGAGGGUUCACCUACAUCUGACAAAGUUAGUGACUUGGAGUAGUCGCGAUGAAGAUUGAUAGAACGCUUAUUCACUUUUUGAGUGACGUUUUCGCUGCCGUCGCCGUCGUCGGAUCUUAAGGUCCCUAUUAUUUCGCCUAGUUCUUACUCUUGAAACGAGUGAAGUGUCCGCCAUUUUUGUUGUCACAACCAAAACAACUCAACCUCGUCCGCAGGUCUUCUCGGUUAGUGCAUUAACCUGCAAAGAAGCUGCACUUUUGACGCCAUCGGUUGAUUAAUCGCAAAAUUCCUCCAAAUUUGGUCAUCAGUGUCUGGUUGUGGUGAAUUAUGCGUCUGCUUUUCCACUUAUGUCCAGAAAUGCAUGCAAUGGCGAAAAUGGCGAAACUGGCGAAAAAUCGCCAGCUGCUGGCGAUUAGAAUUGGAUGCCACAAGUGGCCCCUUGGAGGCUGGCGAUUUUGGCGAAAAUGGCGAUUUUGGCGAAAUUGGCGAUUUUGGCAAAAUCGCCAUGCAUGCAAUGGCGAAACUGGCAAAAAAUCACCAGCCUCUGGCGAUUUGAAUUGGAUGCCAAAAGUGGCCCCUUGGAGGCUGGCGAUUUUGGCGAAAUUGGCGAUUUUGGCAAAAUCGCCAUGCAUGCAAUGGCGAAACUGGCGAAAAAUCACCAGCCUCUGGCGAUUUGAAUUGGACGCCAAAAGUGGCCCCUUGGAGGCUGGCGAUUUUGGCGAAAAUGGCGAUUUUGGCGAAAUUGGCGAUUUUGGCAACAAUCGCCAGAGGGCUGGCGAUAUAUGGCAAAAUAUUCAAAUUGGAUGCCAAAAGUGGCCCCUUCAAAGUGGAUAACUAAAGAGAUCCUUAUCACUGUGAGGCAACAGUACUAAAAAAAAGUUCAAAUUACUUGCCUAAUAAGAGGCCCCAAUAACUGUGAGGCAACAUUUAUCAAAUACAACUGAAUCAAAUAAAUGACAAAACAGCUUUACCUAACUGUCAAACAACAUUAUUUUAUUAAAUACAAGUGAAUCAAAUAUAUCUGAAAACAACAAAUGGAAGUCGUUUCGGUUAAGCUAAUAUGUAUUUGUGCCAUGUACUUCACAGGUUAAGUAAACAUUUCCUUACUUUCGAUGUCGCUUGACUUACCAAAAGUGAUGUGAUGCGCUGAAAUAUCACACUAGCAUCAUUUGCUUUUGUAUGGUUCAUUCAUUUCAAAGACUUACAAGUCCACUAAUUACUCGAGGAGAGAACUACCAAGUCCUUGAAAUCAUAAUAAUUUCUUGCCAUGGACACUCUAACUUUUGAGGUUCGAUGUAGACCUUAACAAUCCUCACUGGUUACAAUUCUCUUCACAUUGGUUCCAUUAAAUUGUGAGGCAGCCUUAAAUCAAAAGCGAUUGCGAAACGCAUGGUUCCUGGCUAAAAGAUGCCUUCACGAUAACCAUUGUGUGCCCUUCAUUUGGUUCUCCACUAUACACAUUAUCUUCUUCCGUCGUUUUAAACUCUUCACUUUCUUCUCGCACUUACUUGUUUUGCUCUUUAGAGAAACGGUCCCCUAAAAGUAACGAAAGCCGAAAUGUCCAGCAGCUUGCAUGCGCCAUUUUGAAAUGUGUGAAUUCGCUUAUUUUCACCUGAUGUAAACCUGCACGAAAUGUCACUUGUGCCCAAUAUUUCACUGCAUUUAUUGAACAUAAACAUUGGAUCAAAGUAAUAACUUGUUCGUCUCUUUCAUAAAACAUAUCCCAUUCAAACUAAUUCUGUAUCUUUUCAUCAACCUAGAAAUAUAAAAAGAGAGUGUACAUGUUUGUCUCGUUCUUAAAAAAUGUGUCCCAUUAUUGCUUUAUGAGGUGGGGCCAGAAAUUUAGAAAAUGUAUUGUUUUUUUGCGCUGAGACCACCAAACCAAUUCUCAGUACAAUAUGUGUUCCAUUAAAUUGCUAAUGCUAAUGCUCGUCGAAACACGUCACCCGGCCUUUUUACCUUCUAUUUUAACAAUUGCCUGACAGUCCCUGUGAACGACAUUAAUCGUUUUGCUUACAUAGAGUGACCACCAAAGUCGGCUGGGAAUGACACUAAUCGUUUCCACUUACAUAAAGUAGUUAUCCAAAAUCGACUAUUACAACAUGGCCGCCGCGUCUAUAUAACAACUACUAAACCUUACACGUUCAUGUUCUGUGAAACUGCAAUGAACCAGCUCGUUUAUAUAUACUUGUACGAUUGAACGCCAUUAUAACAAACAGGAUGGAUAUACAAGGCAAUACGGACCAUCUAAUUAUCUGAAUGCGUAGCCAAGAAUCAACCUGGAUUCCUCAUAACAUAUAAUGUUGAACUGUCGCUAUUCAAACAAUGCCUACAAGCCUGGAAAAUUAAGGAUACCUAUCUUGGAUUUUUUGGUAAGAAAGUUGCCAUGAACAUUACGAAGAUUACCAUUUACUGAUAAUCGAAUACAACUCGUUGGCCAUUCGAUUUGAAUUGAGCAAAGAAAUUAGUUAUAAGUGGUAAUUCCCGACCAAACACUCUUGUCUGGCACGAAUUUCAAAUCACAAGAGGUUAUCAAUUAAAGGUAAAAGCAUUAAAAACAGAUUAAUGACACUUAAGUUACAGUAGCGUUGUCAUUAUUAGUAUACAAUUAUACUACUGGAAACAUUUUUAUAUUAAUAUGUGGCAACUAUUUCGCAAUUAAUAGCCAUUUCAAAAGGGACCCUUUGCUAUGUCAUUUCAAUUUGUCUUGACAAAUUAGGUAUUUCAUCGAGUAAUUGCCAUUUCUGCCAAAACACGUUUUAAGAACGAGGCCAACGUGCACUCUAAUUUUUUUUUUUAUUUGUGGCUGAUGAAAAGAUACAAGAUUAGUGCACGCCAUUUUCCCCAAAAUCGUCACUUUCCAAAGGGCCCCUUUGGCAUCUCAUUUGCAUUUUUGUUUAUAAUUUGGCGAUUUCGGCGAUUAAUCGCCAUUUUCGCCAAAUACGCCAAUAUCGCCACUUUCCAAAGGGCCCCUUUGCCAUCGUGUUUGAAUUUUUGUUUACAGUUUGGCGUGUUUGGCGAUUAAUCGCCAUUUCUGGCAUUUUCGCCGAAAUCGCCACUUUCCAAAGGGCCCCUUUCCCAUCUCAUUUGAAUUUUUGUUGACAGUUUGGCGAUUUUGGCAAUUAAGCACCAUUUCUGCCAUUUUCGUCAAAUACGCCAAUUUCGCUAAUAUUGCCACUUUGCAAAGGGCCCCUUUGCCAUCUCAUUUGAAUUUUUGUUUAUAGUUUUGUGAUUUUGGCGAUUAAUUGCCAUUUCUGCCAUUUUCGCCAAUUAUGCCAUUUUCGCCGAAAUCGCCACUUUCCAAAGGGCCCCUUUGCUAUCUCAUUUGAAUUUUUGUUUACAGUUUGGCAAUUUUGGCGAUUAAUUGCCAUUUCUGCCAUUUUCGCCAAAUACGCCAUUUUCACCGAAAUCGCCACUUUCCAAAGGGCCCCUUUGCCAUCUCAUUUGAAUUUUUGUUUACAGUUUGGCGAUUUUGGCGAUUAAUUGCCAUUUCUGCCAUUUUCGCCAAUUAUGCCAUUUUCGCCGAAAUCGCCACUUUCCAAAGGGCCCCUUUGCUAUCUCAUUUGAAUUUUUGUUUACAGUUUGGCGAUUUUGGCGAUUAAUUGCCAUUUCUGCCAUUUUCGCCAAAUCGCCAUUUUCACGAAAAUCGCCACUUUCAAAGGGCCCCUUUGCCAUCUCAUUUGAAUUUUUGUUUACAGUUUGGCGAUUUUGGCGAUUAAUUGCCAUUUCUGCCAUUUUAGCCAAAUCGCCAUAAUCGCCACUUUCAAAGGGCCCUUUGCCAUCUCAUUUGAAUUUUUGUUUAUAGUUUUGCGAUUUUGGCGAUUAAUUGCCAUUUCUGCCAUUUUCGCCAAAUACGCCAUAAUCGCCACUUUCCAAAGGGCCCCUUUGCCAUCUCAUUUGAAUUUUUGUUUACAGUUUGGCGAUUUUGGCGAUUAAUUGCCAUUUCUGCCAUUUUCGCCAAUUAUGCCAUUUUCGCCGAAAUCGCCACUUUCCAAAGGGCCCCUUUGCUAUCUCAUUUGAAUUUUUGUUUACAGUUUGGCGAUUUUGGCGAUUAAUUGCCAUUUCUGCCAUUUUCGCCAAAUACGCCAUUUUCACCGAAAUCGCCACUUUCCAAAGGGCCCCUUUGCCAUCUCAUUUGAAUUUUUGUUUACAGUUUGGCGAUUUUGGCGAUUAAGCGCCAUUUCUGCCAUUUUCGCCAAAUCGCCAUUUUCGCGAAAUCGCCACUUUCCAAAGGGCCCCUUUGCCAUCUCAUUUGAAUUUUUGUUUACAGUUUGGCGAUUUUGGCGAUUAAUUGCCAUUUCUGCCAUUUUCGCCAAAUCGCCAUUUUCGCCAUAAUCGCCACUUUCCAAAGGGCCCCUUUGCCAUCUCAUUUGAAUUUUUGUUUAUUAUAUAGUUUGGCGAUUUUGGCGAUUAAUUGCCAUUUCUGCCAUUUUCGCCAAAUACGCCAUUUUCGCCAAAAUCGCCACUUGGCAAAGGGCCCCUUUGCCAUCUCAUUUGAAUUUUUGUUUACAGUUUGGCGAUUUUGGCAAUUAAGCGCCAUUUCUGCCAUUUUCGCCAAAUACGCCAUUUUCGCUAAAAUCGCCACUUGGCAAAGGGCCCCUUUGCCAUCUCAUUUGAAUUUUUGUUUAUAGUUUGGCGAUUUUGGCGAUUAAUUGCCAUUUCUGCCAUUUUCGCCAAUGCGUGCAUUUCUGGACAUAUCUCUGCUUUUCAGAAUCGGGGAAAUAUUUUGAAUGAAUAAUAAUACGGGUUUAAUGGGGAUCAUCGCAUUUCUAAAUAAUUUAUGGAAUUUGACAUUAAUGAUACAUACGCGACGUUUGGUGUGCAGGUUAUUUAACAGAUUUAAAAGAAAAAUGCCCGUGAAAUAAAAUUUUCGUGGACUUAAAAGAGCUAUGUCGCGCUAUUUGCUAUCUUUUUAAAAAGAUGAAACGUUUUAUCCCAUAAAUUGAAUUCCAAAAUAAUAAUCCAGCUUUGUUGCUUAAGACUAUACUUAGGCACUGAAAAUGUUUCCUACCGUCUGUUGCAAAGGAUGGCAAGGAUGGACAUGAACGGAAAAGUUGGGCCAACGUUUUUUUAAGUUUUAAUUCUAUGCCUGCGAAAAUCGCCAAAAGAAUUUAUGGUUAGUGCUCCCUGAUGAAAUUUGUUUGAAAUCUUCUUUAUAACUCUACAGGAGCAUUUUAUGAAUGGGUUAAAAGUCAUUAGGUAAUGACUUCACCACAGAAUUGACCUAAAAGCAGCAAUAUCUUCGUGACAUUGCCUCUUUAAAACCUAUCAUUAUAGUUAAUGCAUGCCGCUGUGGACAAGCUUGAGUUUAUAAAUCUGUAAAACUCAAUGAUUCAAUGGUAAAAGCUUAGUACCUGUUUUCCGCUCCAUUACAGAGCUGCCAAUGGAAACCGUGUCAACGUCAUCAAGUAUCUUCUAAGCUUGGGUGCACAAAUCGACAUGAAAGCCGAUAAUAAUCUAACGCCCUUCCUUCUAGCAGUAGCUGCUGGACGCGUCGAAAGUGCGCGGAUUUUUCUCGAGUCGGGAGCAGAUGUUCGUGCAAGUACGUCUGAGAUGAAACACUGCCUGCACCUGGCUGUUGAAAAUGGUCACUUGGAAAUGGUUCAACUUCUUGUGGAGGAUAGUAAGGCUGUUGAAAAUCUAAGCCAGCUUGACGUUUGGGAGAGAGUACCACUCCACAACGCUGCUAUUUCGCCUAACAUUAAGGUACAUGAGAAAGAAAAUUUGCGGGAAAAUGAUAUAUUUUAAUGCCUCCGGCGUAGGACACAGAAUCCCCGGAGGGAUCAACCCCGUUGCAAGCCUCCAUGCAUUUACUACGAUCAGCAGUGCCAAUUGCAUCCUGUGUAGUGAUCAGUGAUGAAAGAUGGUAAAUGCUGGUUAAAUUAUGUUUUUCGUGAACAUCCAACCAAUUAAUAGUACUUUGCACAUACUUCAAUUCGCUAGCUCCUAGGUGAUUAUCCUGCGCUAUUCACGUCUAUGCCAAGCAAAGUGGCUGUACUUUGUGGCCUUGCGCAAAAAUUUUCUUCACUCGGUGUUGCUGAGAAGAAAAAUUUUGACUAGCCUUUUCAUUGCAGCAAAACAACACUGCUAAUCUGAAGAGAGUAGGGGGGAGAACUUACCCGAUAUAACGCAAAGUCUUCCGCUUUACUAAUGAAACGUCAAUAAAACCUUUUUUUAUAAAAACAGAUUCUAGAGCUCCUUUUAACCAAGUACUCACGAGCGUCUUUUCGAGACCAUAAUCAGCAGACCCCACUCCACUUGGCAGCCCAGUGUGGCCUCGUCGCGCACGUGGAAGCCUUAGCUAAAGGAAUGUCCGGUCUAAAUGAGAGAGAUGAUCGCGGAAUGACACCGAUUCAUCUGGCGGCAAUGCAUGGAAACAGGUAGGGUGGCUACGAGAUCCUAUUUUUCAUCUUGAACUGAAUGUGCCGUUGUCAGCUAAAGAUCAGACUUAUGGAUCGUUUCCUGUAAUGCAUUUUGAGUCGUCAGGUUUCUUCAUGUCUCUAGCAACCGGCAGCCAGGACAUGUAAGAAAUAAAAAUGGUGAAUCGAUAAUUAACUUUAUGUUGAAAUGUUGAGAAGUAUAUCGCCCUCCCCCCUCCCACCGGGAGGGGGGAGGGCGAUUUAGGAUUUGCGGUGACAAAAACAUGUUUUUUCGGGGUGGGACAACUUUUGUUAAGUUCUUGUUUUCUUGCAUUCGCACCAAAGCAUUGUGGUGAGGAACAGCCGAAACUUUGUAGCUGCCAUCACCGACACAGUUCUACUUUAAAAGUCACCCUAGCUCGCGAGAUGAAAAUACAAGUAUACCUAUCAAUAGACAACUAACGAUACAGCCCAAGGGGUGUGAUUUUGUUGCAGUUACAUUAUCAAAAUGAUUGCAUUUUCUUCACUUUGUAUGUGCUAAUGACAACGCACCAAGCAGUUCUUAACUUUUCAUUAGAUACGACCCAUCUCUUCUUUACUGAAUUUAUACACAGGAAAGCUUGUCAAGUUCUUACCCGACUUGGUUCGGAUGUCAACACGCGCGACAGUGAUCGUUGGACGCCACUAAUGUGGGCAGCGAGAUCAGGCUGUGACAAGACAUCGCAAGCACUUCUGGACAAACAAGCUAUUCUUGAUCACGUGAACAACCGCGGAGAUACUGCCUUGCACAUUGCCUCUUCGCACGGUAAAGUCAGGGUUGUGGAACUACUCCUUAAUGUUGGUGCAAACGUUUGUCUUCGAAACAGCCAAGACCAGUCCUGUUUGGAUGUCGCAGUGCUUUCCGGGGCAGGAGACGUAGCGCUAGCGAUUGCUCAAAACAAAAGGUUGGUAGCCAUUUUCUGGCUAGCUAUUCCACUAUUCGUGUUUGAUUUACAAUUUGUUAAUGAUUGCAAUACCUUCAAUACCACGAAACAGCUGUGUAAGGACCAAAAUAAUAGCGCGGCCAAAAUAUCUUUGGCUGAACUCGGUUCGAUCACAAAAAAAUAUAUAUGUGUAUAAAUGGGAUUUCCGCUUCAUUUGCUUAACUUCGCACUUUCAUUACAGAUGGCCAGAAAUCCUUGAAAACCGAGAUCCAAGCCAAGACCCGCCAAUGAAAGUUUUAAUUGAACAUUUUCCAGAGGCGGCAUCACUUGUAAUGGACCAAUGCAUCAAUAGAUCAUCUCACAUCAAAACUGAUCCCAGCUAUACCGAGCACUACGAUUUUCAUUUUUUGGAUCCAGGUCCUGAUUCCGAGGAUUGCCUGGACGGAAAACGUUUUUUUGGUCCAACAACGAUGGUUAAAUAUAACCGCGAAGAUCUUCUCUUGCAUCCAUUGACUCAGAAAUUGCUAGAUGUGAAAUGGGCUUCCUUUGGACGGUUUAUUUACUACUUCAACCUCAUUACAUACCUAGUCUUCUUGAUCACAUAUACGAUUUUCGUAAUUACAGAAAGAAAUGCUCAAGACUUCAACCCUUUCAAGCAACAACAAAAUGGAACUAGACGUGUUGACGUGGCCGACAUCUUCGUCAAAUCGACAGCGUUUAACGAAGGAGUGCUUUUUAUUGCUGUGGUCUUCGCCUCAGCCCACGUCAUCAAGGAAAUUUUUCAACUCGUUAUGCAGAGGAGACAGUACUUUAAGGACCCAUCUAACUUAACCGAAUGGGCUCUUUACGUGACAACCUUAUGCUUCAUGAUGCCUUUUCUGCUGCCCCUCAACCAAUUGGAAAGUGCGUUUGGUGGCCUGCAAAAUCCGCGUAACUUGUGGAUUACGGGGAUUUUCUCUAUCUUCUUGUGCUACAUCAACGCGAUCCUGUUCCUAAGACGGUUUCAACUGUUUGGAAUUUAUGUAAAUAUGUUCUUAGAAGUGACAAAGACCGUAGCAAGAGUUAUGAUUGUAUUCUUUAUUUUCAUCUUCGCCUUCUCUAUUGUAUUCUUCAUCCUCUUCAAGGAACAGGUAGGAAUAGCAGCCAAAAGUGCUUUGCAAUAAUCGCUUUUAUGAGACUACAAACCUAUUACCUGCCUUGGCGGUUCCAGACCUUCAGAUAAGAAGGGAGCGGUCAUCCAAAAAAAUUGUUUUCGGCCCUUCGGGCCUCAGUUUGAUCUAAAAAUAAGGAGGUCCCCCCGGCCCCUUCCCUGGAUCCGCCACUGACCUGUCUAGAGUUAAAGAGCCUUCCACAUAAACCGGCACCAAAGAAUUAGAAAGUGGGUAUAAGUGCAUUAGUAAGCGAACGAUUGUCUGGCUGCAGGCUAAUGGACUGGCAUGCUGACUGACGGAAGGACGGCCUAGCAUACAAGCAAACGAACGCACGACUGACAAACAGGCUGGCUGACUAACCGACUGACAGACAGACUGCACGGCUGACUAACUAACAAGGAGAAAAUGAACAAAACAAAUCCCUUCAGCAAUAAAUCAUCUGUGUUACUUUUAAAACUCUGCUUUAUCUUGGUUAUCCAUCAUUUACAUUUCAGGAUUCCUUCAGAAACAUUGGUUUCUCGAUCGUGAAGGUAUCUGUUAUGAUGAUUGGUGAGUUUGAGUAUGACACCACUUUUGUGGAAAGCAUCAACAGCUCAAGUGAGACAACAACAAACCCACUCAACCCAUUUCCAGAAAUAUCAAUGAUUUUCAUCUACAUAUUUCUCUUCCUGAUGUCAAUAAUUCUCAUGAAUCUUCUGGUAAGAUUGUUUAGAUAUUUGACAUUUAUUUUUUGAUAUAUAUAUUUUUGCAUAUAUAUUUUUUAUUAUAUCGACACCGAUGAAAUACCAGGAUUUUUCCAGUGACGAAAAUUUGGUAUCCAGGAAAGAUACAAUUUUUAUCCUUCACAUGUGAAGGUAUCACGGCUGUCAUGGCAACUUCAGUCUCAGCCAACAGGAAAAGAGCAUCAUAGCAUCUCGCCAUCGGUGUCUAUAUAAUAAACAGAACAUUCGCUGCGCUCACUCGUGAGAUAUCGAGUUGAAAACUCGAAGAUAAAAUUCGUAUCCACAAGCGGGCAUGUAAUAUCCUUCAUAUCUCCUCUGACAGUACCCUGCGAGCACAGCCUCCUGGUGUCUUCUUCUUGAUCGAGGAGGAGAAAUGGAGGCUCUGCCUGAAUCGAGUCAAUCCUUUGAAGUAGCCGCAACCCGAACUUCUGCACUAGUCAAUAGUCAAUAUCGAGUUGAACACUCGAAGAUAAAAUUCGUAUCCACAAGCGGGCAUGUAAUAUCCUUUAUAUCUCCUAUGACAGCACCCUGCGAACACAGCCUCCGUUCGUCUUCUUCUUGAUCGAGGAGGAGAAAUGGAGGCUCUGUCUAAAUCGAGUCAAUCCUUUGAAGUAGGCGUAACCCGAACUUCUGCACUAGUCGAGUAACCGAAAGCAAGGCUUUGCUGGCAGGGUGGUCUGACAGGUUUCAGUUGUCAAGGGCGAAUUUUAUUUCUGAAUUUCCCUGUCUGUUUGGAAUGAUACAUAAUGCGUUCUUACUGUCUUCGACCUAAAAUUAGGAACCUUACGAAACUACGACAGCAACGGCAAGGAGAACGUCAAAAAAGCAAUAGGUUUAAUGAGCAAAACAACAACUCUGCACGUGCAUCACGCCUUUUUGUACAUUUCGUUACUGUCCCUGCACAACUACGGCGUGAAAUGACCAAAUUUUAAGUUUACCUGAGAACGGGAACGGCAAGGCGGUAAAUUCUACAAUCUCUGUCUGAACUCGGGGCGGUCCCCUCUCUUCAGCUCCAACCAGAAUUCCCUUCUUUUAAGUAACAAGGCGAAUUGGGAUAACGGCGAAAAAGUUUAAAUGGAUGCCAAGUCUAUUUUUCAGCGAUGUUUUCAUGGACGUCGCCGUUGUCGGAUCGUAAGGUCCUUAUUGGACUGCCUCGCAGAAGUAAUCCAACCCCGGCUAGUGACGUCUCCGAAGCAGCGUCAAGAACCUUGUUCUGGGCCCCCAACGGACUCGAGCAGUUAUCGAAAAUGUGUUUUGAAUUCUUCUUUCAAACUGAUUGGCAAAUCUACAAUCCACCAUUUGCGCAUCUCCCAUAAUACACCUCGUUUGCCCCCCAAAUUUUUACAACCUUUUGUUUCUUAUUUCUCUUGGUUAUUUCAGUCGUCCCAAGAGAGAUUAAAAGCAAUGCUUACGCAAAAUUUUGGUUGGCUUACAAGGUGUAUUGUGAGAGAUGUACAAAUGGCGAAUGGCUAUUUUGACAGGCCAUUCGUAAUGCGUACUCAACUCCUGGUGGACUUGUGGGGCCCAGAACAAAGAUCUCUGCAAGUCUUGCAGAUGGACUUGACCAGAGCCUGGGUUUAGUUUCGUCUGUGGAGCAGGAUGAUCGACAAUGAACGACUUCUUAAGCUUACCAGAGUUCCUAAGCCUUAAGGGUCUGUGUUUUGGAUGUGUAUUGUUCCCAUAUACAAAAGGAAAUUUAAUGAAAUCAUUGUUACCAACGCUGGGGAGUAACCCUUCGUGACGCUGACAGUGCUGACUGAGACAAUACAAUGGUGUUCCCAGAGAAACUUAAGGGCUAUCGCUAAAUAAAUUUCUAUCCACGUUGUUGAUUAUAGGAACUGACGACAAAACCACUGGGUGCUCAAUCGAACUUAAUUUAAUCAACAGGUUGGCUUGGCAGUGGGGGAUAUUGAGUCUGUUCAGAGGAAUGCCACCCUUCAGCGCAUGGCAAUGCAAGUUUCAUUUGUGGUGGAAGUUGAAGACAAGUACCCAAAGAUCGUCACUCGCAGGAUUUAUAACCCUUCUCUGCAGUUAAAACCAAACGCACACAAAAACAAAUUGAGGUAAUUUCAGCGUGCGUCAAAAUGAGGGGGGCGGGCAUUUGAGACUUCGGGAUCUAACUGAAAUGCUUAUCGAGUGUUAUUUUCUUGUAGAUAGUCCCAAAAAGUCCUCUGAGCGAUAUCUUUUGCGUAUGUUUGAAUUUCUUCCGUUAAGUUUUAGUCAGAAAUUCUGCUAUUUCGUCUUCGAAUAGCCAGGCAUGCUACUUUUUUUAGUUCACUAGGCUGCCACGCCUGGAAACUAGGUUGCUCCAUGGGUUCUUUGCCUGGAAACGAGGCCGCUUGGGGAAUGUGCCAUCGAAGCGAAAGUAUAUUGCUUGUAUCUUCCAACUUUGGUCAACGCCGGCUGGUUAUCGGGGGCACCCAACGUCAAUUCUCGGAAAAUAUCUGUUCAGAAGAAGAUUUGAAAUAUAGAAUUUUCGGAACAUUUUUUGUAAAAUUUCUUGCCUGCCUGUCUCUCCUGGCAUUUUCAAACAUCUAAAAUAUGGUAUAAUUGGCCACUUUUAACGGAUUUUUACCCUAAAAAGGUCACCUAGAAUUUUCGGGAGCCUUUUUUCUGGCUGAAGUUUUCGAAAAGGUAAGUUUUUACUCCAAUUUUAGGAUCACUAGACUUUCAGCUAGGAAAUCCGAACAGAUGAAAAAUUUUUAGGAGAUAAAAACAUGCCUAUAUCUACCGUUUAAAUACUAAAAUACAUUUAACAAUGCUAUGUUUAAGUGGUUUUGAACUAUAUUCUCGUUGGGUGCCCCUGAGUUAUGAAGAAUUAGCCGGGGUAUUUGAGUCAAUCAGAAACGGCGAAAUAUUUGGAAUGAAUAAUAAUGCGUCUUAACCAUUAGAAUGUCAAGAUCAACUUCGCAAAAUGAUAGUCACCAAAUACCAAGUCUACAAACUACAGAAAAGGGAUUUCAACUGACUUGUUUGUUUAGCAGCAAUUUCUUUCUUUUCACUUCAGGCGAUUACAUGAAUGGUUAGCCGGGCAAGCUAGCUUUUUUGAGAAGUCACCUUCACUGACGGCGUAUGAAGAAAUGACGGAAUCUAAUAUCAAAGAAAUUCAGCAGCAAGUUUGCAAAACGAAGAAGCGAGUUAAGGCUUUGAUGAGAACGAUGGAAAACCAGAACAGACUGCUGGUGUUGAUGGCAAAGAAAAUGGAUCUCAAUGUGGAAGCAGACGAUUUGGACGCUAAAAACGCCUUGUCUGAGACAGAAUUGCUUGAACCCAGAAGUUUAGGAAAUAACGAAAGCGAUGAUGACAAGAAAGACAGAAAGGCUGAAGUGGCUGGGCUUUAA